AUGAAAUUCACAUUGGGUCCACACGUGUUCUUACUCAGCAUCAGUUUAUUGGAUGGUUUAGCCGGUCUGCGCCUAAUAAAGGUCUCUAUACCCACCUAUAAAUUUCGCGGGGAGUCUGCCAUGCUGGAAUGCCAAUAUGAGUUAAAUCGCACAGAUGGCCCACCAUAUUACGGUGGUGCCGGUAGCAGUGGUGGAAGAGAAUUUUUAGUUAGUAGUUCUAGUAACCGACAUCGCAGCUACACACGCGCACGAACGCGCACACAUGCAAGGAAUCGCUAUGGCAGCAGCAUGCAAUUUUUUGACGCACAUCACCUCGUACAAAUGAGGCCGAAAUAUAGGCGCAACAAACGUCAAUUUUCCUAUCAAUCGGGGCAACUGCAAACACAACAGCAGCAGCAGCAGCAACAACAACAGUAUCAGCAACAUUACCAAACCUAUCAAUUUCAGCCAUCCCAAAGCUAUGGCAGUAGCAGUAGCAGCGUUAGCAGUAGCGACAUACAUAGCGAUGGUAGCUAUUAUCAUCAGCAACAACAACAACAGCAGCAAAAGCAGCAGGAAGAAGAUGAGCAGCAGCACUAUCCAUAUCAAACACAACGUUCCCCCUACGGGCAUAGCGUUUAUCGGGGCGCUGCCUUCAGUCAAGCGCUUGGCAUUCCCGGGUUUAGUAAUAGCGGCGUGAGUACCAGCAACAGCGGGGCUCAUGUUGGCGCAAGCACCUUCACCAGCAGCGGUUCACGCGGUACGACGUCGGGGGUCUCGUCCGGACGUCACAAUUUUGCCGAUGGCACUGAUGAUAUUGACGAUGACGAUGAGGAAGACAACGAAGAGGACGAAGAAGACGAGGAGGAGGAAGGUGAGGCAUUGUAUGCCAUAAAAUGGUACAAGGACAAUGAGGAGUUCUAUCGCUUUGUGCCCAAGGCGCGCCCGCAGAAGACAAGUUAUCGCUUUGACGGCAUACGCGUUGGUGAAGAACACUCGGAUAGUUGGCGAGUAUUUUUGCGCGGUUUAACGAUAAACUCGUCGGGUCUGUAUCGUUGCGAAAUUUCAGCUGAGGCGCCCAAUUUUUCAUCAGUACAGGGGGAGGGGCGUAUGGAUAUUGUAUUUUUACCACGCGAUGGACCCCACAUUCGAGGCCAACAAGCUCAAUAUCAAAUCGGCGAUACAUUAAGUUUGAAUUGUACCUCGGGUAAAUCUCAUCCGGCAUCACGGCUACAAUGGUUCAUCAAUGAGCAAGUGGUGGUCGACGAUAGCUAUCUGAUAGCCUACAAUGACACCGUACACAAACAUGGCCUCAUAACGUCAAUGCUUGGCCUUGAGUUGGCAGUUGACGGACGUCACUUUCAGGAUGGUACGAUGCGUGUUAAAUGCUUGGCUAGCAUAUCGCCGGUGCUGUGGAGUGGCGACAAGGAGAGCGUGCUGCAGCGACGGCGUGGCAUCAUCGACAAUCGGGAGGCAAUGUUGUUAGUACGUGGUGCAGCUGCUCGCCUGCAUCCUUUGGGCAAUUUUCUUCGCAGCUUACGUCUACUCGCCAGCGUUACUAUACUAACAAUAAUAUGUCAAUUACUAUUGCGCACCGAACUAACCUAA